UCCUGGUAUUAGUCUGUGUCAGUCUGGAAAUGUAGCACUGGGUGGUGAAGCAAGGAUCUCUCCUAGCCUGGCAAAGCUAGAUUUCUUUUUCAUUUGUUGUGUGGAAAUUUGAGGUUCUCCUUAAUGGUUAUAAGGACAACAAACGUAAUGGAAUUUCAAUCCAGGAUUCACCCAGAUAUUCCAGAGAAUGGAGAAAUGCCAGCCAUGGAUGUUGUCAGUAAUUGUGUUCCACAGGAAAGUGGCACAGAAGAUGAAAAGCCAGUUUCAAACUUGCAGCGAAGACGCAGUGAUGUCAAAGUUUACAAGGAAAUAUGUGACUUCUAUGCAAGAUUCAACAUGGCGAAUGCGCUCGCAAAUGCGAUCUGUGAACGUUGCCGGGCAGGGUUUGCACCCGCUGAAAAGAUUGUGAACAGCAAUGGGGAACUGUACCAUGAGCAGUGCUUUGUAUGCGCUCAGUGCUUCCAGCAAUUCCCAGAGGGGCUUUUUUAUGAGUUUGAAGGAAGGAAAUAUUGUGAACAUGAUUUCCAAAUGCUCUUUGCCCCCUGCUGCCAUCAGUGUGGUGAAUUCAUCAUUGGUCGUGUUAUUAAAGCAAUGAAUAAUAGCUGGCACCCAGAGUGCUUCCGCUGUGAUCUUUGUCAGCAAGUUCUGGCAGACAUUGGAUUUGUUAAGAAUGCAGGCAGGCACCUUUGCCGCCCCUGUCACAACCGAGAAAAAGCCAGAGGUCUGGGCAAGUACAUUUGCCAGAAGUGCCAUGCUAUAAUUGAAGAUAAUCCUCUGAUAUUCAAGAAUGAUCCCUAUCACCCAGAUCAUUUCAACUGUGCCAACUGCGGAAAAGAGCUAACCGCUGAUGCUCGUGAAUUGAAAGGGGAGUUAUAUUGUCUGCCAUGUCAUGACAAAAUGGGGGUUCCUAUAUGUGGAGCUUGCAGAAGACCAAUUGAAGGACGAGUGGUCAAUGCCAUGGGAAAACAAUGGCAUGUGGAGCAUUUUGUUUGUGCGAAGUGUGAAAAGCCUUUCCUUGGCCAUCGUCAUUAUGAGAGGAAGGGACUAGCUUACUGCGAGACUCAUUACAACCAGCUUUUCGGAGAUGUUUGCUUUCAUUGCAACCGUGUAAUUGAGGGGGAUGUUGUAUCUGCUUUGAACAAAGCAUGGUGUGUCAAUUGUUUCGCAUGUUCCACCUGCAACACAAAGUUAACUCUUAAGAACAAAUUUGUGGAGUUUGACAUGAAGCCUGUCUGUAAGAAAUGCUACGAGAAGUUCCCUCUCGAGUUAAAGAAACGGCUUAAGAAACUCUCAGAGACCUUAGCAAGAAAAUAAACAAGUUACCAUCCUGGCCUGUGGAAUGGGAAUCUCCGACCAGCGAACAACAAGCUUGUUAAGCAUUUACUAUGGAUCUUACUUGACUAUGUUCUGUUCACUGAGGCUGUCUGCACUAACCUUCACAGCAACAUAUUUAUCUGCAUGAAUAAUGCAUUAACUACCGUGCACAGAAUAUGUAUUCUUUCACCCCAUCCUCUAAAGUAUACUACUUUGUUCCUUCUGUGGUACUUGCCCCACUGUGUCUUGUGGAGAGUCGCUGUGGCCUUAUAAUUCCUUGAGGGUUAAAAUAAGAUUACCCAGUUCAAUUUGAGAUUUUAAUAUAAAUAAAUAUAUUGUGUGACCUGCACAGGGACAGAAUUGAUCUGCUUACGAAUCUGUCAUGCAGAGUUCUAUACCGUAUAGAAUACUAUUCUCUUGGAGUAACUAGCAAUCCCUUACGUAUCCAGUUUGUGAGCUAAACAGCUUUUAAAAACUUAAAACCGAUAUUGGAAUGUUUUUGCCAAAAAGGCAUAUUCACUUUCUGGAGCUUUCAAUAAUGCUUAGACAUAAAGUAUUAUCAAAGUACACAUGUAUUAGGUCAAUCAUUUCAAAAGCAUUGCACAAUUUUUUUACUGUAAAUGUUUAUACCAUUCAUAACAUGCAUACAAAAGCUGGACGGCAGCUAGAGGCAUAGUAAACAUUACUAGAAAAAAAGCAGGUUCAUGUGACAUCUUUGGUCUGAUACAGAUCAUGGCAAAUAUAGAUAUAUACAGUAUAUGUAUGUGUUAGUGUAUAUGUACUAUAUAUAUAUAUAUAUAUAUAUAUAUAUAUAUAUAUAUAUAUAUAUAUAUAUAUAUAUAUAUAUAUAUAUAUAUAUAUAUAUAUAUAUAUAUAUACAACCAAAUAUGCACAAAUCAGAGCAGUAUAUAGUGUCCUGAAAGUACUUGCACAACCAAUGCAGAACUAGUGCCUUCUCCUUCAAUAUGGAAAUCAUAUACAUCUCUAGUUGCAAUCACUGUGAUACCAUAAAAGGGAAUAGCAGAAUGGAAAUCAUACAGAGUAACACUGAUAUCUACUUGAAUAACACUUCAGUAACAUUUCCUUCUGUGCAUGAUUACUUUUUUUGUGCUUAUUUUGUGCCUUAUCCUUUUAUUUGAAUCUAACAGACUUGUACUCACUGUUUAUAUAUUUAGACAUUUAUGCAAACAUGAGCUUUUUUGUUCUAUUAUAUGCAGUAAACACAUACUGCUCAUUCCCAAGGGCAGUUUACUUAACAUUGAACAUAUUCCUUAUUUUAUUUCAACUUAUAGACAAACUUAUAUUUAGCCAUGAGUUUAUACUGAACACAUAUCCUAUACUUUUAUGUAAGAUAAAUGUUACACUUUUUUAAUAAAUCUAUUGUUACUUGUGCAGAUGUUGAGACAACCAGCAGUAAAGAAAGGAACAUAGCUGUCUAUAUUUCUGUCACAAUGUAAAAACUUGUGUAAGCAGAAUCCUUUUUAAAGGAAUUUAACAAACAAUUCACAUCUUGCUUGUCAAAAAUAUCCUCAGGUUAUAAUAUAAAAACCUUAUUGACUAAAAGAUUUAAAACAUGUUUAAUAAAGUAUAUUGAAAAGUA